UUGUUUUACAUCAAGGGAAGCAACUCUUUCCAACUGCAAGGAGAUGAUGAAGAAGAAGAAUGUCCUAUCUUAAGAAAAUUCACCCUGGAAAAGUCUUUGCCACUGCUGUUAUUGUCAUGGGAUCAUUUUCUAUGGUUAAAUUAUUCCAAGAAUCCAGAUUUAUGAAGAAAGACUUAAACGUUCUUUCAAAAUCACAAUUAAAUGAAAGAGAUCUUGAGCGAGUGAAAGAAAAAUAUAAGUUCUCUGCACUAGACAUAGAAUCCUUAAAGAAAGCAAAAAAGCUUAGAAAAACUGCGAUGGUAGAAAACGUUAUAGAAAAAGACCCAAAUUUUGAGCAUAAAAGGGCUGAAGGAAUGGAUUAAUCCAAGAUUAUGAACUUUAAAAAAGUAUUAAAGUGAUUUUUGUUCAGGUUCAGUAUUCUCAAGACUUCAAACUGACUGCACAAAAAAAUAACAGUCUAGUGUUGAUAACUUUAAGGAAGCAGCAUAUUAAAAUCAAAGAACUUUGUGAAAAGAUGCAAGUGAAACAGACUUCUAGAAAAUUGUGUCAACUUAAAAAUUUAGAAAUAAAUGUGAGUUAUUCUUAAAUUGACAAACUCUUACAAAUUUCUUUAGUAAUGUAGGAAUACAUGGUAUAUUUUAAAUGUUCCGAAUCAAGGCAUGAAAACAUUAAAUGUUAUCGACUAUGCUUUAUUCUUACUUCUAAUGAUUUAUUUUAUUGUGUGGUAAUGAUCUGUGAUAUUUACGAUGAAUAAAAUAAUGUGUUUUUAUA